CUCAUAGGCUACAGCGAUGUCAAGACAGUGCACGGAAGGCGCGUUUACCUUUAAGACGUUAGGUAACUGACUUGGGAUCUUGAUACUGAACUUUAUCAUGUAACGUAGAACUCGGCCCAUCUUAACCUCAACUUCAACUUUAACCUCGUCCUCAUCCUCACUUCACCUUCUUAUUUUCGUUUCAAUAAGUAGCUACUUAUAAGAUAUAAGAUUCACACAUCUACAAACUCCCCGAAUAUAUACCUAUACCUGGCAUUACUUCAAUAACUUGGUUUAUUCUGCCGUUGAAUCUCGGCCAACGGGAAUACCAUACCAUUACUGUAGGGGGUACCCUAACCUAAGAGGAAGGGGAAACAGUUUAGCCAUGUCGCAUUCCAUAGUCCCAAUACCAAUAACAAUCCAAGGUCGAUACUUUUGGAGAGGUAUCGAGCGGUUUCUUAUAAACGGCGUCGCGUACCACUUCCAUGAAACCAAUUCGGUGUCAUGCUCGGAUGCAUUAGUCGACGACCGGAUACAUGAGCUCGAACGAAUUCUCCCAUUAUUAAAAGACCUCAAGAUUAAUACUUUGUUCAUUAGCCAUAUUGACGAAACGAAAAGCCAUAGUGCUUGCAUGAAUCUCUUAGCCCGGCAUGGAAUAUAUGUUCUAGCCUCCAUCGAAUCGAUUUGCUACCCGCUUAGCAAUCAAGGAGCUUUGAGACCAUACACUUCAAACUUUAUGCAACGCCUCUUUCAAGUUGUGGAAAAGCUAGCGCACUAUCCCAAUCUAUUAGGCUUCGCCAUAUCAACCGACUUGAUCACAUCUGAAACGGAAGAAGCUACUGAACCUUUUGUUCGUGCAGUAGUGCGAGAUGUCAGACAAUAUCUCACCCUCCUAGCAGCCAAGAGACACCAGAGAGUCGUCCCGGUUGGGGUCAUAUCGCCGGCAGAUACUAGGUCCUCCGUGAAAAAGCAACACAGCUACUUUUGUUCGGGAGCCGAUAACGAGUCGAUCGAAUUCUUCAUUUUUUACAACUUCUUCUGGGCUGGUGAAUUUACGAUGCAGGCAUCCGGAUACUCAGAGCUAGUUCACAUGUUCUCCUCGACGCAUAUACCAGUGUCAUUUGUAUAUGGCAACAAUAGUAUUACUCCACGCGCGUUCUGGGAAACUUAUGCAACUUACUCGGAUCCCGGGAUGUUACGCGUGUUCUCAGGCGGCAUUGUGCACGAGUUCUUCGAUGCGAUUAACCACUACGGUCUCGUGCGACGGUCAACUUUACUGGAGGACAAUACCCCACGCUACCGAAAGACUAAGGACUUCCGGAACCUGUGCGAUAAGCUGAAAAAGUCCUUUCAGUCGCUACCAACUUCAAUGCUGGUCCGCUCCCGUCCCGUCGAAGCGGCUGCCAUGUCGGGAACGAAACCCAAUCCGCCCCACCCCGGCUGGAAUCAGAGGCCAGUAGGAUCUGUACCACGCAGCCGGGUAAACUGGGCCGAGAUCGAGACGCAAAUUACCGACGACAGCGAAUGGGUCGAUGCGGGUAAGGAGUGGGUGGACCUAACCGUGGAAGAUCUCGCGGACUCUAUGUGGGAUAAGUUAAACAUCGACGGAAUAGGUCCCUAGAUGAAGCACUACAUGCAGAACGUUAAUUUUGCAAGAGGUACUGGAGCGUGGCGUUUCAUCAACGAUGAAUGUUUAUGUGAAGCACUUUCUCAAGUGAAGCGAUUUGAAUAUACUAAAUUAAAAUGACGGGUGUUGAAUUGUUAAAUGACUUUCGACGAGAAGCAAAAUAAAAAUAAUGUUGAUCCUAAUUUAGGUACCCUACCCCUUUUAUGGAGGCUAAAGAAUCGCGGAAGAAUAGCCUAUGUCAGUUUUACUCAGCACAAUGCAUAUUAGGUGCUCGACCUGCGAAUAGAAUACUCCA